AUGUCGACCACUCCCACCCCCAACAGGGGUAUUGCAGUCUUUUCGGGAGGCAGUGCUGCCAACAAUCUAGUCGAGGUAUUCGACACAGUGCGCGACACCAAGAACUGCCCAUUGAGCUAUAUUAUUCCCAUCAGUGACAACGGAGGUUCCUCAUCGGAGCUGAUCCGCAUCUUCGGGGGUCCAGGAAUUGGCGACGUGAGAAGUAGACUGGUCCGUCUGAUUCCAGACUCGCCCCCGAAUUCCGAACGGGGUGCCAUAAAGACCCUCUUCAAUCAUCGACUGUCAGCGCACGCAGCCACCGCCCACGCAGAAUGGCUCUCCAUCGUAGAUGGCACAUCGACGCUCUGGCAAGCCAUUACGCCAGCAAAGAAAGAACUCAUACGCUCUUUCUUCAACCUUCUCAACCUGGAGAUCCUAAAGCGUGCCCGGCCCCAUCAUCAACCUUCGACUUCACCUCUGCCAGCCGGCAGCUUCGAAAGCGCCAUCUACCUCCUUGGUAGCAUCUGCGGCGUGCCAUCCGACACCGUCCGCGUAAUCCCAGCCAUCAACUCCAACUUCUCCCACCACAUCUCCGCCUCCCUCGCGAACGGCUCCAUCAUCGUCGGCCAGAACAGCAUCUCCCACCCCAGCGAAGCAACAGCCCUCCAGCCCCGCCCCAGACGCCCAAGCCUACUGCUCGCGGACGGCGCCGACGACUUCACAGACACCGACACCUCCGACACGCACUCCUACGAAGACGACCACCCACCAGGCUCGCUGCCCACCCUGCGCAACAAAAACAUCCAAUUCUCCAAAUCCGAAAACGAGGAUCUCCCCUCCCGCAUCACCCGCAUCUGGUACAUCAACCCCUACGGCCAGGAAAUCCGACCACCGGCCAAUCCCCGCGUUCUCGAAGCCAUCCGUGAUUCGCAGGCCAUCAUCUACAGCAUCGGCUCCCUCUACACGUCUCUCAUCCCGUCUCUGAUCCUGCGCGGCGUGGGACAGGCCAUCGUGACGAGUCCCGCUCGACAUAAGAUUCUGAUCCUGAACGGGUCCCUAGACCGAGAAACGGGCCCCCCGUCUGAACCUUUCACGGCGGUGAACUUCGUCGAGGCGAUCACUCGCGCCGGGGAGGAAAGUCGUGGUCGCAUGGCUCUUUCUGCCUCGAAUACUAGUACUCAUAGGUCGAUUCCAGGUCUGGGUCUUCCUUAUUCGUCGUAUGUCACGCAUCUUCUUCACCUAGAGGGUCCUGGGACGCCACAGGUAGAUCGUGAACGGCUCGCUGAGAUGGGGAUCGAGACGCUUCGUCUUUACGGGAGGAAGAUCGUCACGACGGAUGCGGGUGGUGCUGAGACGCCUGUUGGAAUGAAGUAUGAUGCCACGGCUUUGGUCCAGGCUCUUGAGGUGGUGCUUGGUAAGAAGGGUGAUGCGAUGCUUCGGGGUGGGGAGAAGAAUGGCUUAAGCCGAAGGAAUACAUUAGAUCCUGGGAGGAAGAGAUAG